GGCGAAUACGACGCGCUAGAAAAUAGAAAUUAGGAACUGCAUAUUUAAAAGUAGAAGGCGAUGGAAAAUUCUCGCGGCGGCAGAGUCGGAAGUCCAAAGGGCAAAUGCAAGGCGAUCGAAUCCCAAAGAGAAUGGGCUCAGCCACCUUCCUCGAAGUUCUUCUCGCCGUCUUCAUCCCUCCCCUCGGCGUCUUCCUCCGCUACGGCAUUGGGAUUGAGUUUUGGAUUGCUUUGUUGCUCACAUUUUUGGGCUAUCUUCCUGGAAUUGUAUACGCCGUUUAUGUACUGGUUGGAAUGCGAUGACCUAAUUCUUCCAUCUAA